CCCGGGUCCGCGGCUGCGGGUGCCUGGCGGGUCCUGAGGGUCCUGGGGAUCCUGAGAGCCGCGGACACCGCCCUCGCCUGCGCUCUGGGACGCGAGUGAACACUACCCUGGGACAGCGGGGUCAUCUGCGGCCAGGGCUGGCACCUGCUGCUCUGCCCUCGUCCUGGACCUCGCCCCGCAGGGACCGUUUCCCCUGGACGGUCGUUGAGGGGACACCCAUGGUCAACCCACGCCUCCGCCGGGAGGCAGACGUGUAGGUGGUGACGCUGUCACUUGGGGACGCAGCCACCGUGUCCGUGUCCGAAAGGAGUCCGCUCACCCGCCAUAACUCAUUAGUCACAGCUCAGUUACGAUGCCAAGAAGAUACAACAUCAGAGAGGAGACCAAGGCCCUGGGGGCCUCACAAAUAAUGAUCUCCCUCUUCCACUGCGCCCUGGGAACUUUCUGGGGUUUUUUGAUGCAACUAGAAGAGGACUCAACCAGUGUUGGCCCUAAACCUCUGAUUGUUGUCAUAGCUUACUCGUUUGCUUCAGCAUUCUUUUUCAUGACGUCCGGAUCCAGCAGUGUGAUCCAGAAAGUUCCUUCGAGAUCGCACAGGCUUAUUUUAGCAAUUGUGUUGAACAUCCUAAGUAUCCUCGUGGCUAUAGCUGGUUUAAUGAUAUUAGGCUUUGAAUUUGUAAUGUUUGAAGAAAAAUCAGAGGAAUAUACCUGGUCAAAUAUGGCCGGCAUGAUGCUCAUACACUACUUGAUACUAAGCACCGUCGCGGAACUGGUCCUCACGUGCAUGGUCAUCCACUGGAUGAGAAGAGCCUUCCACCACGAAGUCGUUCCUGAAAAAUUUAGUCGCUCAACUCUCCCUGAAGCCUCAGUGUCAGAAUCUUUAACUUCAGAGAGUUCAAAAGAAUAGUAUGACUCCAGACCAAGCCCAAAGAUUGUGGAUCAAUGAAGAACUCUGUAAUUUUUUUCAAGAAGUCUUGUAGAAAAUGCAUUCUAAUGA